AUGAACUCUAGAGACCUGGCUGUGGGGAUCUUCUUCCUGUCUCAGACUGCACUGGGAAUGCUGGGGAACUCAGCCUUGCUUUGUUGUUUUAUCAUUGCUGACUUCUCUGGAAUCAGGGCAAAGCCCACAGACCUGAUUGUCAAACACCUGACCUGGGCCAACUUCAUGGUUCUCUUCAAAGGAAUCCCACAGACCAUUGCUGCUUUUAGUCAGACUUACUAUGUAGAUUAUGUUUCAUGUAAACUUGUCUUAUAUUUUCAUCGAGUUGGCAGAGGAGUAUCCCUUGUCUCCACAUCCCUUCUGAGUGUCUUUCAGGCCAUCACCAUCAGUCCCAGUAAUUCCAAGUGGGCACCGCUCAAAGUCAAAGCCAUGUGUAUAGUUGGUCCUUCCUUGGGCUUGUGCUGGGCCCUCCAGCUGUUGGUAUAUGCCUACAUUCCAGUGUACAUAACUGACAUAAGGGGUGGAAGAAAUGUUACUGGGAUAAGAUUUUUUGAAUUCUGUGCUCUUUUGAAGCCUGGGAGACUAAUCAACUCACUUACUCUAAUCCUAUUGACAUCCAAUGAUGUCAUGUGUUUGGGAUUGAUGAUGUGGGCAAGUGGCUACAUGGUGUUUAUCUUGCUCAAACACAAGCAGAGGGUCAAACACAUCCACAGAUCCCUUUCUGUUAGGUCAUCCCCUGAGACAAGAGCCACUCAAAGCAUCCUCACACUAGUGAGCAGCUUUGUGUUCUUCUAUGUAAUGUCUAUUGUCUUUACAUCUUAUCUGUCUGCCCUUGAAGGAACUGGUAGGUGGGUGUCUAAUGCAAGUGUAGCUAUGGCUGCAUGCUUCCCAGCAUUCUGUCCCUUUCUGCUCCUCAGACACUACACCUCCAUUUUCAGGCUCUGCUGUCCCAGUUCUUACCAGACAACAUUCUGUGCUUGUGUGAUCAGGGAGCUCUAA